GACACAAAUCAUCCACCUUUAUAUCUGAUGAGAUAUCUAGUGAGUGCAGUUCUCCUCUGCAUUACUCAGAGGUCAAUGUGGAUACACUGGUAGACAAAAAGGCAGAGUGGCAUAGAUGGAUGAUGUGGACGAGGGGUUGUGAUGGAUUGAAGAGAGAGUGACGCAAGCUCUCCAAGCUCAGCCUGCAAAAUCAGCAUCUCCAAUCUUGACAUAUAGGAGGCUAUACUGCUGCAUUAUCAAGCCAUCAAUACCUCACCCCAUUUGACUUAUAAAGCCAAAACAGGCCAAGAGUGUUUGUGGAAAUGAUUUUACUCAACCUAAGAGGGCUUUGACUUACUGUAGUGCUAAAGGGAAUGGUUUAAUUCAGGACUUUAAAACAAACAAGAAAACUUCUUAAUUCACAACCUUCAUGUUCUCAUGUUGUUGGGAUUUUUAAUAUGACUGCGCUGAUACAGAAAUGAGAAAUUUAAAGGAACAGUUCACCCGAAAUGGAAAAUUCUUCCAUCAUUUACUCAUGCCAUUCCAAACCCGUAUAACUUUGAAGACAUUUUGAAGAACGCUUGUAACCAAACAACACCGGCCCCCGUUGACUUCCAUUGUACGGACACAAAACCAACAUCUUCUUUUGUGUUCCACAGAAGGAAUGGUCAUACAGGUUAUUAAACCACAUGAGGGUGAAUACAUAACGCGAUCAUUUUUACACCACCCUUUCCAUUCCUGUCUUGCAUGUUUUUAAGAGGUGAAUUUCAUCUGGUUUUGCCUCAGGCCCCCUGAUGUGCGUAAGAUCCCUGACGUCACUCACGGCUCACAACAACUCCAUAAAACCACACCUACAGAAUGGAAUCUGUCAUAAAUACUCUAACCACCACCAGCUGAACCGUAUCUGCCUCGUGCCCCCUUCCCACGUUGCUUAGCAGCCUAGCCAGAGUGUUGACGUUCUCACGAGUGCUUCCUGUAAACACUUAAGAAUACGCAGCACAACAGCCCACUUCAGAGUGAGAAAAUGGCAGCACCAGACGAGAAAAAAUUGCUGGCCCAACUCGUUCCAUUACAAUCGGACAGCAUGCAUCUUGGAAAGGCCGAGCUUACGGUUACAUUAUAUAAACGGGGCUCUGCAGCAGGAACCAUGACCACAGCGAGGUACCGACCCACCUGGGAUUUGGCCCUGGACCCGCUGGUGUCUUGUAAGCUGUGCCUAGGAGAGUUUCCUUUGGAGCAAAUGACCACCAUCACCCAGUGCCAAUGCGUCUUCUGCACCCUGUGCCUGAAGCAGUAUGUGGAACUUCUCAUCAAAGAGGGCUUUGAAACUGCUAUCAGUUGUCCAGACUCUGCCUGUCCAAAACGUGGACAUUUACAGGAAAAUGAGAUUGAAUGCAUGGUGGCCACAGAGAUAAUGCAGAGGUACAGGAAGCUGCAGUUUGAGAAAGAGGUGUUGCUGGAUCCGCGCCGGACCUGGUGCCCGUCUUCCACGUGCCAGGCAGUGUGCCAGCUGAAAGAGUCUGACACGCCACUUCCGCAAUUGGUGCGGUGCAGCAUCUGCACACACAAGUUUUGUUCCGCCUGCAAGGCCACCUGGCACGCGGACCAAGACUGCCAGGAGAACGUUCCCAUGACCUCCUUUCUACCUGGAGAGAGCAGUUCUUUCUUUAAGGCCGAUGAUGACGACACCCCCAUCAAACGUUGUCCCAAAUGUAAAGUGUACAUAGAGAGAGAUGAGGGCUGUGCCCAGAUGAUGUGUAAAAACUGCAAGCAUGCAUUCUGCUGGUAUUGCCUGGAGUCUCUGGACGACGACUUCCUCCUGAUUCAUUAUGACAAAGGACCCUGCCGGAACAAAUUAGGCCACUCGCGAGCCUCCGUGAUCUGGCACAGAACACAGGUUGUUGGAAUCUUUGCUGGUUUCGGUCUUCUUUUACUGGUAGCCUCACCUUUCUUGCUGCUUGCCACGCCCUUCGUUCUGUGCUGUAAGUGCAAAUGCAGUAAAGGUGACGAUGACCCUUUACCCACCUAACAGCCCGUCCCGAGGAGUCGCUGUACGAGGAAUUCUGGUCAUCUCCUUUAAUCGUUUUUCCUUUCUUCCUCCGCCUUCGAGCUUUUCAUCAAGCGGUGGGACUUGCGCAUUUGAAGCCGCAACGUGAGCAUCUCACGCCAAGGUUACCGGCACAGUUAGCUGAGUAGGCUACAUCCCUGCAGGCUCAGAGAGACCAAAAGGGACCUGCCCUUGCUUAGGUGAAGGAUUUGAAAGUGGAGUUACCUCUCCGCAGUACUGUGGGAGACAGCAUGGGGGCGCUGUUCCGUUCUGGCGCUUGUCUUUUUUGUGUACGGACGUUUUGCAUAUGCUCUACUGGAGGGUUCUGUUUUAACAGAGAAUAUAUUGAGUAUGUUUGUCUGUCUGUGUGCACAGUAGCAGUUCAGUCACAUGGUUUAUUCGUUUUCACUUGUAUUGCACAGAGAUGGGGCUUUUCUGUCACUUUAAAUGUGAGCGUAUUUAAUUUCUUGUACAGAAACAUUACAAUUUAACAUUACGUUACUGUCUUUUAUUCUAAACCCACAGAUAAACGGAAGCUCUGUUCCAAAACCUAGUGAGAUGUCAUGCUUUCUAUUGCCUACACAGGCAGCUCCUUUUAAAGGUCCAGUGUGUAAUUUUUGGAGAAUCUAUUGCAAUAUUAUAUACAUAACUAUGUCUUCAGAGGUGUAUGAAGACCUUACAUAACGAAGCGUUAUGUUUUUACUACCUUAGAAUGAGCUAUUUCUAUCUAUAUACACUGUGGGGUCCCCUUGCAUGGAAUUCGCCAUGUUGUUUCUACAGUAGCCCUAAACGGACAAACUGCUCUACAGAGCACAUUUCGUAAAUACGUUAUCUCCUUCGGCAAAGAAGUGAAAACGUGAAGACACUUUAGUCCUGUGUCAGCCACCGUAGUGCUUCGAAAGGGAGGGAGAGAGGUGGCGUGAGCCAUUGGUUGCAAUUUGCAACCUCAUCGCUAGAUGCCACUAAAUUUCAUACACUGGACCUUUAAAGCCAGCAUCAUGGAACUUUUCUGCAGACAGCAACUCUGUGCAUCAUCCUAAUGUGAAGCGCAUGAAAGACUCGACUCACUGUUGAUUUCAGUAGAGUUUGGAAUUAGCAUGUUGCUAAGUAGUAGGAUAUGCUAAUAAGCAUAAAAAUGAAGUACACACAAUGAAAUCUUACUAUUCGGUUGUUAAGUGGUGACGUAAGAAAUGCUGUUUCCGGCUCCAAGCAUCUAUUCAUUUCAAGCGGGGCUACAGCUUUUAAUGAGCAGUGUUUACUCACAUCGCAUAAUUAAGCGGAGCAUUUAUUAACUCACAGUAUACACUACAGUCUCCAGGAUUACUAUCAAUAUUUGAAUAAAUUAUGAAAAAUGAAUCACUGACUGGCCAUGUGGGAUUUCGUUACGAAGUGAAAGUUUAGGAUCGUGGUUUUCCGAUAGUUUUACAGCUCGCCGUCAGUGUAUAUUAGCAUUUGUUGUUGUUAGCCUAUAGCAUCUUAUUGAGCGUUUGGACCCUGAAACACCUUCCAUGUAUGGUGGUGCGUGACGUCAGACUAAACAACCACAUACAGCUAUUAUAAACUAUAUACAGUAUCUAUCUGUAAUUUUUUAUUUCACCUCUUGGAUUUAAUCUGUCACUGGGCUCAUUGCAAUGCAUUCUGGGAUGCUGGGAUUGCCUUCUCUGCAAAGGAUGCUUGUGAUGAUGAAUUUUUGACCAAAUCAAGGCAAAGCAUCUUGUUUCAAGGUUGCAGUGCACCUUUGAUGUCUUAAUAUUAUGUCUCCAUAGGCAGCUCAGAAGGUUUUGGAACAGUGUCCUAGAUUUUUUUACUAUACUUUUUACUACAUUGACAUUUGCUGUUUUGAUUUUUUGUGAUCUAGGGUUAUGCAGAUUAUAUUCGUUUUUUUAUUCCUGGAUUUAAACCAGUGUCCCAUAUUUGCCAUCAGGGCUUCAAAUUAACACCCAGUAAAUGCAGGUGGGUUUCAGCAGUGGCAUGUAACCCAUUCAAUCCUACGUACAGUGCAGUCUGCUCUCGAAUUACUCUUGCAGUACUUUUAUGUCAUACGCUGAUCGGUCUGUUUAUCGCCGCGUGAUGUUAAACACAAAAUAUAUAUUCAACCCAGGCAAAGGUGCUAGUGGGAGUGACUGUAUUACACAAACAGAAUUUGAUCGGUUAGUAGGUGUUAACAUCAGGCCCUGUUUGCCACAUUUGCAGCACCUUCUGGCACCUCCUGUUUCAAUCAUACGAGACCAAGUCCUGUCUACUUGAAUGAGGGAAUACAGAUAUCUUUUAAAUCGCCAAGAUCACAAUACAACAGCAUAUUUCGAACCAAAAAUUAAACCUGAUGUCAACCAUAACUUUUGUUUCUUAAAAGUCCAAUGUGUCAUUUUUUGGAGGAUCUAUUGACAGAAAUGCAAUAUAAUAUACAUAACUAUGUCUUCAGAGGUGUAUAAAGACCUUACACAAUGAAGCGUUAUGUUUUUAUUACCUUAUAAUGAGCCAUUUCUAUCUACAUACACCCUUGCAUAAUUCUCCAUUCUGUCAGCCGUCGUAGUGUUUCGAACGGAAGGGGGAUUUCGCAAUUCGCAACCUUGCCACUAGAUUUCACUGACUGGACCUUUAAGCUCAAGUUGUGUUUCAUUUUCCCUCAUUCAUAGUAAUAGAACUGCUGCAUUUUGUUGAAAUCUAUAAUCUUUGAUUUGAACCUUUAAUUUGAUUUCAACUUAAGGGCUGCUCUGUUAACUUUCUUCGAACACUUAAGAUUACAAGUAGCUAAAUGCAAGCUGUACAAUAAUGGAACCAAAUAAGCAGUGAUGUUAAAGUGAUAGUUCACCCAAAAAUAAAAAUGCUGUCAACAUUUACUCACCCUGUUGUCAUUUCAAACCUGUAUGACUUUCUUCCGCAGAACACAAAAGAAGAUAUUUUGAAGAAUGUUGUUAACUAGCCCCCAUUCACUUGCAUUGGUUUUGUGUCCAUGGGGGCUAUAGCUGUUCCAUUAUAAACUUUCUUCAAAAUAAAUUAUUUUGUGUUCUGCGGAAGAAAGAACGUCAUAAAGGUUUGAAAUGACAAGAGGGCGUGUAAAUGAUGACAGAAUUUUCAUAUUUGGGUUAACUAUAAUUUUAAGGCCCUUUUUAAGUGCUGUAAGCAUACUGUAUUUUAGAAUACUCAUAUUUUUGGAUGUGUAUGAAAUGCAAGAUAAGCUGCCGUAAAGUAUGAUAAUGAAUUGGAAAAUUAUAUGCCGUUAAAAUAUUUUUGUCAAUCUGAAACUUUUACAUUUUUGGAACAGUCUCUGGUUCUGUAGGGAUUAUACACUGAUUUCAAGCUUGGUUUGCUUAAAGAUUUUCUCGUCCAAGCAAUGUAUCUAUGCAAGUUUAUACAACUUGAUGAUUAAAAAAAGUGUGGCUUCUGUUGUCUUGAAUUCACAAAGUUCCGGUUGCUAGUUUCUAGAUAAAAGAAGAAAUAUAUCAAUGUUGAAAACAAAGUUGAUAAUUUUCUGAAAAGCCUUUGUGGAAAUAUUGAGAACUGGCACAAAUAUUUUUAAGUGAUUUCUUGCUUUGAAUAGAUUUUAGAGUUGAGGAUGAUAAUAUUCUGAUGUUAGCAUCUUGCCUGCAAAGUCUGAAAUAGCUUGCAGAUUUUUUAAAGCUGUUGAGCCAUUAAACAGUAUAUAAUUUUAAAAUAUUGAAACAGAGCACCAGCCAUAUUUGUAGCUGGAAGAUAUGUAGCUCAUUUCCUUAAAAUCCUUAGUGAGAUUUCCUCAGAUGACAUUUUAAAUUGAUGUAAUGCGAUAUGUAAUGCAAGCUGCCAUAUUGAAGGAGAUGAUCAAUUUGAUUGUCUCUCCUUCGUAACGUUUUGUUAGCCCUGAAAAUCUCUAUAUUCACAAAGUUGACUAUAUUGACAAAGUAGCGAAUAGCCUUUUUGAUUGUUAGUCACAUUUAUGCUAGGUAGCAACUUGCAUUAUUAUGUUUUAGCCUUAAAUUUUAAAGUACCUCACUAGUUUUUUCUUCUGUAGCCUAAUGUUUUGUUUGUUUGUUUUCUUAAAAAUAUUUACUCAUAUCCUCCAACUUUUGUGAUGUUCAAAGAUAAAACCUUUAUGCAUAUACGCAGAGAAAAACUGUUGUACAUAAAAUGGCAAAUUUGUGGACUAAUGACGUUAUUUGUUACACAUCACUAGUUUUAUUAGAAGUAGAUCUUCUUUACACAGAUGUUCAACAAUAAUUCUUAGAUUCAAUUAUGAUCCUCUGGUUAAUUUUACAGACUUAGAUAAUUAAAUUAACGUUUUAACACCUUCACCAACAUUUUAAGCAUCAGUCCCUGAAAAAACUCGCAACAAUCAGUGUGAUAAAUGGAAGCAAAGCACAGCAACAAUGUCAGUUAUAAAUAGCACAUGUUGAGCAAAACCUAAUUGUCAUUACAUUCAGCAACAUUCUCCAUUUCAUGUGCAACAAAGUACGGUAAUGCAUAUGCAUACAUGUAUAUUGACAAUCGUGCCAAGCAGGUUUUUAAGACAUUGAAGACAGAGUAUAUAGAUAAAUAUGUACUUGAUGUAUGUGCUAAAAAAAUCCCAUAUUGGUGUAUUCCAUUCAUUUGUAUGUACGUUUUGGUUACAGUACUCAUUUCGUGUUUUUUUGUACAUUGUUUAUAAAACAUACAUUUUGUAAUGUAAUCGUUUUUCUUGAGGAUAGUUGAAAUGACACUUCAUUCAGGCUGUUCAUUCAGUUGGUGAUUAUUUGGUUCUCUCAGUUUGGAUAGCACAGCCUCGUGUUCCUAUUUAAAAUGCCAUUUGUUUCAGAGUAUUAGAACAUAUUGUGGAAAUACUUCUAGAAAUACAUUAUAGAUCAUGCAAACAGCCAAAUAUUGUGUUGUUCCUUUUUUGUAAAAUUUGCUUGUUGCACAAGACUUGGCUUUGCCAAAUUUUUUUUGUAUUUACAUAUUAAUCUCACUUGAACUCUAUACUCUAUUUGUAUGUAUCAGUAUCAGGCUUUUAUGUAUUCCAGAUAUCAUUAUUAUUUUUACCAACUGUAAAAAAUUGAAUUAGGGACCUUAGGCGUGUACCUUUAUCAUUACUUCUAAAAUUGGUUUUCUCUUAAUUUCCUUAGGUGGCCUUUUAAUGUAUGUGUUUUGUUUUUGAUACAUCAUAAAGAAAAUAUCACUUUUAUUCAUUGUAAAUCGGCACCAAAUUGCAUUUGUACAGUUAUAACGUUGUAAAAUUGCAUGUGUGUGAUGUCUUGGUCUAACAAAAAAAUACAACCACAAAAUUUUUUACAUGACCUGUAAUGUCAGUGCCACUAACACUGUGAAAUUCAAAUGUAUUCAUGUUUAUGGGUUUUAUGUUACUUUGUUUAUAUUUGCAUUUUAUUUAAAUGUCAAGAAAAUUAAGGACCACUGUUGAAAACUAUAAAAUAAAAAAUUCAAUUAAUUCAUAAAUUAAUUACUAUUUGUAUUGGCCAAAAAUUAAAGACCACUGUUGAAAACUAUAAAAUAAAAAAUUCAAUUAAUUCAUAAAUUAAUUACUAUUUGUAUUGGCCAAAUAUACAUACAAGUACAGCUGGGCUGGGGAGAUUUUUAUUACCUUUUUAAAUCUGUUACAAUAUUUUUUUGUUGGUUGAUUUAUGAUUUUUAAAAAGAACAUUUUAACAGAGUAUAAUUAGCUAAAAAAAAUGAUAAAUUAAAAGUAAAUACGCAUUACUAAUUUCCUAAUUCACUGCUUCUAUUUUACUUUCUUUUAUUGCUUAAUACAAAUGUUUACAUUACAAAAGAUAUCAUGUUAGUUUUCUCAGCAAAAAAAUAAAAACAAAACACGGACUUGUAAUGGU